AUAGUUUGGUUUUAGAGCAAGUUUGAAUUGAGAUGACUGAGGUCAUGAAAAACCCGAUUGGUAGUCUAGUCAUUGGCGAAGAAUGGCUUUCGAAGUUAGCUUGUUACUUGGAAACUAUAAUUAGCUCGAAGAAUGUUGAAGAUGUCAGAGCGUCGAAACAAACGUUUCUACAAAGCAUCGAGAAACUAAUUCAAAUUUUUAAAAACUUUGGCUCGGACUUAACAGAUACAAACAAUAAGAUUCGUGAAAAUCGAGAAGUUGUUUACACUUUGGUAAAGCAAUUCGAUCGGAUAGGUCGCUUUUGUAUGAGUGAAAUCCCAACAGUUGUUCAGAAAGAGCAUGACCAAGCUUCCAAUACUUUAGCAACUUUAAGAUGGAAUAUCAAAAAAACACAGGAAGAAUACGAAAGAGUAUCUACAAGGUUGAGUUCAUUAAAUGCAACUAAAAAUAGUAUCGAGAGUGAAAUUUCACGCCUGACAGGAUGCACAAGUAUCCAAAGCCUAAUUAAUAAUCAUCAUCAUCAUCAUCAAUAUCAAGAUAGGACCAGUGCUUCUGGCGGGAUCCCAUCUGGUCCUGCUGCUUUCCCGAAGUUCGGCAGUUUUAUGGCAUUCAGGACGUCUACUUUUGCCGGGAGGCCUGUGUUCACUGGUAGUUCUGCGGUUGCUGGUCGUAUUUCCGGACGAGUUGCAGGUGGUGGUCAUUCGAAGAGUUUUUUCAAGUGGUCAGCCUAUUGUUUCAUUUAUUUUUCUACUUUGGUGGUAACUAGGUUUCCUUCACUAUCUUUCACUGGUUUCGUGUGUUGAUCUCUUCCAUCUCAGAUAGUAACCUGGUUAUUUGAUAUAAUGUUGUCAGGUCUCUACCUCUCUUACCUGCAGCCUGUUCUGCUUCACUUGCCAGUGUUUCGUAGAAGUGUCUUUUGUCUUUGCGUGCACUCUUCUUCACUUCUUUGUCCAGUGUAGUGUUUUAUAGGUUGUGUUCACUUCCUCUUCUCGUUGUGCAUCCUUGCACUGGUUCACCUUCUGUUUCAUCAUCUUCCUCUCACUCCUCUAUCAGCUUCCAUGCGUCCAUCAAUAUCCAUUCCUUGUCCUGUUUUUUCCUCCUCCCUAAUACUGUUAUGCAGGUUUCUUUCCACAUCACUUUCAAAGAGUUCCA